CGAUACAGACCGGAACCCGUUUACCUUCCGAUGUACAUACGGAACAAUUUCAGCGGAGCACAUCUUCCCUUCCUCAGCAUGGAUGAAGAUGCUCAAUUUUUGCAAGACCAAGCCCACAGAUUAAAUUCUUCUCUCAGUCAAUAUCAGCAUGGGCAUGGCACUCAAUCCACAAUGUCUCAGGGUGAGGAGGUGAGACAGGCAGAGUCUCCUUCACCCUGGAUCUCUGACACAAGUAUGAUGGCUCCUCUCAUAGCUGAGUAUGAUCAACACAUGGAAGAAAUGACUGAACAGCUGAAGAAAUAUGAGAUGCUGAUGGCUGAUGUCAAAAUGAAGUUGGAGAGGGUUGUUAAGGAAAAUGAAAGGCUUCAUGCAGAGCUGAGGGAGUCCGUUGAGAAGCAGCUUCUUGCAUUGCCGGUGGCUUCAGGCACAGAGGGCGGCACACUGGAGGAGGAAGCAGUCAUCAGAAACCUCCAAGAACAGCUCCAGCUGUCUGAACAGGAGCGGAUGCAGGCCAAGGAAUUGUGGCAGACAACAGCCCAGGAGCUGGACCACCUCCAGCAGGUCUACCAGAAGACCAUUUCUGAUGGACAGAUCCACGAUGGACAGAGACAGCAGAUCAAGGAUCAGCUUGUUCAGUUCCAGCAGCACACACAAAAACUCCAAAUAGCCAAUCAGAAACUGGAAUCGACUAACCGGCAGUUCCUGAAGACGGUGACAGAGCAGAGCACAGAGAUGGAGGAGCUACACAGCCAGCUCAGGCAGACCAAGGCUGAGCUAAGGACAGCCACAGCCAAAGUGGGUGAGAUGACCAAAUUGCUGCACAAUGUCCAGGACCAGGCUCAGAGACGGGAGGAAGAUGUGGCACAAGCUCAGGGCCGAGAGGAUGCAGCAGAAAGAAGGCUUCAGCAGCUCCAGGCAGCCUUGAGCCUGAUUGAAGCCAGGCUAAAAGCUGCAUCUCAGGAGGCAGAGGCUGUCCGUAGAGAGCAAACUGUGUGGGAGAGAAAGGUUGGGGAACUCCAGGCUCGCUGCACCACCCUAGAAGAGGAGAAGUAUGAGGCUCUAGCCAAAGUGCGAGAGAGCGUUCAGGUGGCAGAUGAGGCCGAGUUGCAGAAGAACCAUGCCUUGUUAAGAGAGAAAUUGAAGAUAGAAGAGUUGGAGAAGACAAAGGAGGCCAUCAAACAGCUGAUCCAGGACGCUGCAGUCCGAACAAGGAAAGAGGUGGAAAAUGUGCGCAAGCAGUGCAAUGUUCAAAUCCAUCAUAUGGCCGAGGAGCUCUCGGUGCUGCAGCUGGAGUGUGCAGAUAAAGAGUCUCAGAUUCAAAGGUUGCUGCGAGAGAGAAAAGCUGUAGAGGAGGAACUCGAGAAGGUGUAUAAAGAGUGCAGGGCAGAGCCCGAGUUCAGGAAGAUUGAUACUCUUCAUCAGAGGUGUCUAGAUGCAGAGAGGAUGAAGGAAGAUAUGAGACUAACUUUGCAAGCCACCCAGAACAAACUAAAAAAGAUGGAGAUGGACUACACUGAGGAGCUGUCGCGUUGUCAGGAGGAAGUGCGUCGGCUGCAGGGCUCUCUGGCUGCAGCCCGGGAGGACUGUGUCAGCGUCAGCGAGGAGCGGCUCCAGCUGCAACAAGAGAACUUGCAGCUUCGCAAGGAGAUGGAUGAGCUACGCAAGGCCAGUGUGCUGAUCCAAAAGAAGGCCAAACAACAGGUGUCACAGAUGGAACAGGAGUGCAGCCUGAAAGAGCAGGGACUCAAUGCACGGGUGAGGGAGCUUGAGGAGAGCAGCCGAACCUCAAGUGCUGAUCUGACACGCCUCCUCACAGCACAGCAGAAAAGCACUCAGCGCUGGAAAGAUGAGGCCAAGAAUCUGGUUCAGGCCUUUGAGACUAAAAUCACAAGCCUUAAGGCAGAACUGAAUCGGCACAAGCUGCGUUCACAUGAAUUACAAAUGCAGCUUGAAACGGACCACAAUACCAUAGCUGAGUAUGAGAGGCAGCUAGCAGAGUGUCAAGCGAAGAUGAGUCAUCUCCAAAGACAACUGACGCCUGAACAAAGGGCAACUACUGCUACGCAACAGCUGAGUAUACUGGCACCACAACGAAAGAAAACAACCAUUGUUGAUCCAGAGACUGAUUAAUGGCAGCUUAGUACUGUGCUGUAUGAAAAAUAAUUUAGUCAUCUGUUUUUGUUAAUAUGAUUUUAAGAUUUUGGCCAAAUGUUAAAAAUACAUACACUGUUCUUACAUUUUCUUGUGCAUUUUAUUUGUAAUGAUCGAAAGAUAUCUCAAGUGUAA